ACCCACUCCACACAAAGCCAUGUUGAGGUGGAGCUGGAGCGCAUCCGCAGCAGCAAGAGCCGCAAGCAUUGCCGCGGCCGGGAGCAUGCGGCAGAUGGCGAUCCUUUCUAUCUCCCCGACGGCCCAGAAGGCGGCGGCGGCGGUGGUCAAGGACGUUCUGCGCCACGCGCCAUCCUCCCAUCCUGACGAGCCAUCUCCAUCUUUGGCCGCUGGUGGCGGCGAGGCCGCAGGCGCGGGCGAGGGGCCAGCGGCGGACGCGGGCGCAGGCCCGGCCGAGGCUGAGGCCGAGGCCGCCGCUACGGUGGUGCUCGGCGGGACGCGCAUCACGUGCUCGCGCCUGCACGGCGAGCAAGAGCCCGUGGCACUGCCGCGCCCGCUGGCGGCGCUCAACGAGCUCGUUCUCCCGCCGCAGCUCGCUGCCAACGUGGCUGCGGAGGGCGUGACGACGCCAACGCCGAUCCAGGCGCUCGGGUGGCCGCUGGCGCUCAAGGGCCACGAUAUGGUGGCGCUCUCGGCCACGGGCUCGGGCAAGACGCUUGGCUAUCUGCUGCCGGGCGUGGCGCACAUUGCGGCUCAGCCGGCGUUCUCGGCCGUCGCCCGCGACCGGGCGCGUCCGAGCCGCGGCGGGCGGCGCGGCAGGCGCGAUCGUCACCGGCGUGGCGGCGUCCGCCUUGCCGACGCCUACGAGUGGGUCGCGCCGCCGCUUGGCCUCGUCCUUGCGCCCACCCGCGAGCUCGUUGCUCAAAUCGCAGACGUGGCCAAGCGGGUGACCCGCGGGACGGGCGUCCGCGUCGCCUCAGUCUUUGGCGGCGAGUCUAAGGGCAAGCAGAUGCGGGCUCUGCAGGAGAACGAGCCGCAUUUGGUGGUUGCCACGCCGGGCCGUCUCCUCGAUCUGCACGCCGACGGCUGGCUCCCGCUGCAGAGCGUCUCGUGGGUCGUUCUCGACGAGGCCGACCGCAUGCUCGACAUGGGCUUUGAGGCCGACGUGCGGACCAUCAUGGACAAGACUCGGCCGGAGCGGACGACGCUUCUCUGGUCUGCCACGUGGGCCAAGCAAGUCGAGAAGCUCACGUCCGACCUGAUGAAUGACCCCAUCGCGCUUGCCGUCGCCCCGUCCGACUCGCCGUACUCGUCACGCGGCUUUGAGGCCGUCGAGGCCUCGGUCCUCACCGCUGUUGCCUCGAUUUCGCAGCACUUUUCGUUUGCCUCGGGUGCCAAAGACAAGAACGCCACUCUCGGAACGGCGCUCGUCGGCCAUCUCGGCAUCGGCGACGAGCACGUCCAGUCGGACGCCAAUGUCGCUGCCGCUCGCGAGCUCCUCGGCACCGGCUCCAAGGCCCUUGUCUUCUGCGACCGCAAGACCACAUGCGACACCAUUGAGGAGGGCCUGCGCGACGCGCUCGGCGACGCCGCCACCAUCGCCGUCGUCCACGGCGACAAGAACCAGUCGCAGCGGACCCGCGAGCUCGCAAAGUUCAAGCGCGCCCGCCAACCGGCCGUCAUGGUCGCCACUGACGUCCUUGCCCGUGGCCUCGACGUGCCCGACAUCUCGCUCGUCAUCAACUACGACUUUCCCUUCCAGUUUGAGCAGUACGUUCACCGAAUCGGUCGGACUGGCCGCUCCGGCCGCUCUGGCACCGCCCUCUCCAUUGUCUCCUCCGAUCCGCACGAGGACAUCCGCGCCGCCCUUGUCGACUUUCUCAAGUCUGCCGAUCAAGACGUCCCGCCGCAGCUGGAGCGCAAGCCGCGCUCGCGCCGCUCCGGCGGCGGAGGCCGUGGCCGCGGCGGAGGUCGUGGCCGUGGCGGAGGCCGCGGGAGCGGCGGGCCCCGUCGCUCCCGCUCUCGCUCGCGCCCGCGCCAUCGCGCCAGCGGUGCGUCGGGUGGGAAUCGCUCCCGCUCCAGCGGAGGUAGUGGCCGCGAUCACUCCCGCUCCCGCUCCGGUGCUCGUGGUGGCGAGCGCCGAAGCCAUCGUGACUGAUCUCGCCCAACUGUAGCCAGCCGUGAAGCGUACGUGCCGCUGACCAGAGCGAAAAAAACAAGGCCGUGAAUG